AUGGCGGCACAGGGACUGGCACAUGUUGCUGGUGUGGAUGUUAAUCCCGUCAGUGUCUUCAGGUACGUGUUAGUAUGUGUAUGCACCACAGCUAACACAAGGACCAGCACCAGCAAGUGUGUUGUUUGCAGAUAUGACUGGAUAGAGCUUAAAAAGCAAUAUGACUGUGAGUGUUUGGCAGCCAGAAGGAUCCUUCACCAGAGUGAGGAGAAGACCAUCUAUGUUUAUAAAUUUGCCAUGGGUUUUGGGAGAGCAAAUCAUUCUGUGCCUACAGAGGAGCUGGAAGCCGAGUAUCCAGACUAUUAAAUCACUUGGGCAGGUGCAGGCUACUGA